AUGACUUUAAUAAGCAACCUUAAAACGACAUUUCAAACAAAGAAAAAGGCGAUAACAGUGGAAUCAACUGCUAAAGUGUCCGUGUACGGUCUCAGUUAUGUGUUUAGGUCAGCGGAUGGAUUUCUAGCAUUACCAACACCGUCUCUAGGAAUGGAAUAUAUGACAGUCAAUAUUGAUGAUGAUCACUUUCCACUUCAUGUUUCAGCUCAGAUAGUUAUUGUGGCAGUUCAAGACAAUACUAAUGUAAAAGUCACCCUGAAAACGGGAACGGGCUAG